AUGGAUCGAUUCAUGAAACCUGACAGACUUGGUAUAGAUCCAAACUCAGCAGAUGCAGCAAAAACAUACAACCAUUGGUUAAGAACAUUUAACAAUUUUGUAAGUACAGUAGAUAAUAACUUCAUUAAGCUUAAUCUCCUAAUAAACCAUAUUGAACCUAAUGUAUAUGAAUUCAUAUCAGAGUGUGAUGAUUUUGAACAAGCAACAAGUAUUCUCGAGUCUAUCUACAUAAAACCAAAGAAUGAAAUAUUUGCCAGACACAUUUUGUCAACACGGAAGCAAAAACCAAAUGAAACAAUAGAUCAAUUCCUCAAUGAACUUAAAAAUUUAUCUAAGGACUGUAAGUUCACUGCUGUUACAGCUGAGCAAUAUAAAUCUGAAAUGAUUCGCGAUGCGUUUAUAAAUGGCUUACUCUCCAAUAGUAUACGCCAACGUUUACUAGAAAACAAAAUAUUAGACCUUUCAUCAGCCUUUGACCAAGCUAGAUCUUUAGACGUGGCCCAACAAAACUCAAACUUAUACUCACAAUUGACUAUACCUACCUCUGCCUCUAUUCAGGAAAUCAAAUCACCUUUACAAAAACAGUCCAUGACUGAUAAUCACUUAGCUGCUACAGCAAAAUCAAAACAAUUGUGCUGGUUUUGUGGAAACAUAAGACAUCCACGUACUAAAUGUCCUGCUCACGAAGCUAUCUGUCACAAAUGUAAAAAGAUUGGUCAUUUUGAAAAACUUUGCAGAUCAUCUAAUGUUUCUGCUGCUAUUCCUAAAAUUGAUGAUGAUUACUUCUGUGCCACCAUAUCAGCUUCAGCAAACUCUCUAUUCAGAGUUUGUCAUAACAUCAUUAUUAAUGAUAGAUAUAAAGCAGAAGCAUUAAUUGAUAGUGGAAGUACAAACAAAAGUUUUAUAAGCAACAAACUAGUGACUCUACUCCAUUUAAAUAUUAUUUAUGAACAGAGUGUAAUUGGAAUGGCAUCAGCUGCCUUAUCUGCAAAAUCAGAUAGAUAUUGUUAUGUCUCAAUAACUCUUUAA